AGAAGUUCCUCAGGAGUUUCUUCCAGCAGAUCGAGCCGCGAGAGUUUCAUGAAAGUCAGCGUGGAUCUGUGCUCAGACCAGGACUCUCCUCAGCACGAUGGUUCUGACCCAGGACGGAUGGGACAAUCCGGGUUUGCAGGAUUUAUUUCUUGAGCUUCUGAAAGUCCGCCACAGUCCACAUCUCCGCUGUUCCCUCGCGUAUGUCUGGACCGGAGAGGCGCCUUUUCUUCAGCUCACCUCCGGCAGAGCGCAGAGGGAGCUCAGAGGAUGAGAGACUCGGACCGAACCGGACGGGUCGGUUAGUUCUGCACACACUGCGUUUUGUUCCUGACGAUGACGGCCUGGAAAAAGGCUCAAGAGUUUUAGGAUGAAAGUUGCGAAGCGUCUUUCUCUCCUGCUCAGCUGCUGGACUCUCAUUUACCUGCAUCCCGUCCUCGGCUCGCUGAGCCGGACCAGACCGAGCACCCCGCAGAACCAGCACCAGCAGCAGCAGCAGCGGCUUGGAGAGGCAGCGGAGCGCGGCGGGGACGGAGAGCAGGCUCACCGGCGCGGCGGCGGUGCAGGGAUCGGUGGAGCGACAACCGCGGUGAGGCAGCCGGUGACCGGGGCGUGGAAGCCGUCACCGGUGAGUCCGGCCAGGAUUACGCGGAUCCGCGCGGGCCCGCCGUUAAUCAAAGGCGAGACGACCGUUAUUAAAAGCAAAGCUCCGGUGAGCCGCGCGCAGCUCCGGGACAGAGCGGUCAGCUUCGGGCGCAAAGAGGCCGUGCGCUCGUGGCUGCCCGCCGGGGAUGUUCACGUCAAGGCGCACGCUCCCGCGGGUUUUAGCGCGCAUGCAGCGGGGAAAGGAAUCGGGACCGCGGCUGUCUCCGGUGGAAGAGGCGGAUCACCGGGGACACAUGUGGGGAAAGCUGCUCCAGCGCGCGCGGGGACUCCACAGAGAGGCGCCGGUGCGCAAAGGCAGCAGCAGAGCGCGGCUCCGGUGGCGCAGCGGGGAGCAACAAGCAGCAAGGCCGGGAGAGUGAGCGACAAGCAGCCGCUGGUCAUCCCUCAUGACUACAUGCUGUCCCUCUACUGGUCUCUGUCCACCGGGGACAUGAACAGCAGCGCGCUGCACGAGGCGGGUCUGGCCAACACCAUCACCAGCUUCGUGGAUAAAGGACAAGACGAGCGCGGUCCCCAGCUGAGGCGGCAGAGGUAUCACUUCAACGUCAGCUCCCUGGAACGAGACGGGCUCCUGGGGGCCGAGCUGCGCAUCCUGAGGAAGCGCCUGUCUGACCCCCGAAGAGCCUCAGUGGGAUCCACAGCUGAUGGAGGAGGAGGAGGUUCAUCCCCGUGCCUGAAGCUGUACACCUGCGCGUCAGGUAAACAACAAGCGGCUCUGCUCCAGACGAAGGCCGUGGAGGAUCUGCUCGGUGGAGGCGGAUUCAGCAGUAAAUGGGAAGUGUUUGACGUUUGGAAAGUGUUCAAGGGCUUCAAAGCCCAGCAGAACCAGCAGACCCAGCAGAACCAGCAGCUGUGCUUUGAGCUCGAGGGUCUGGAGCACAGAGGCGGUCGCCCCAUGGACCUGCGCACACUCGGGUUGGCCCGACCCGGCAGGACCAACAAGGAAAAGGCUUUCUUCCUGGCGUUUGGCAAAAGCAAGAAGCGCGACCUUUUCUACAACGAGAUCAAGGCGCGGUCAGGCCAUGACAACAAGACCGUCUAUGAAUACCUGUUCACCCAGCGCCGCAUGCGGCGAGCUCCUGCUGCAAGGGGCGCUAAAAAACCUCUGCAGCAGCCGCCGCCGCCGCCGCAGUCCCUCCCCCAACAUCAAGUGGUGAAGACGCAGGCGAGGCCGCGGUGCCACCGGAGACGACUCCACGUGAACUUCAAGGAGAUGGGCUGGGACGACUGGAUCAUCGCGCCACUGGAGUACGAGGCCUUUCACUGCGACGGCGUCUGCGACUUCCCCAUCCGCUCGCACCUCGAGCCGACCAACCACGCCAUCAUACAGACCCUGAUGAACUCCAUGGACCCGGAGUCAACGCCGCCGACCUGCUGCGUCCCGACGCGACUCAGUCCGAUCAGCAUACUCUACAUCGACUCGGCCAACAACGUCGUCUACAAGCAGUACGAGGACAUGGUGGUGGAGUCAUGCGGUUGCAGGUAGCGAAGAACGGCGAGACGGCGAAAGAGAGACAGUUCCCGCCCUUCGUUUGUCUGUUAAUAUUGUGAUCAAACCCAAAAAGGGAAGACGAACACUGAGGAAAACCGCCUGAGUCCAAACAGACAUUACUCUUCUCGCUCAAGUGGACUAUCAGACUGCAUACCAAAGACUGUUAAAGACUAAACAGAGGAAGAUAAACUCGUGGAGGUGAUGCUCUUUGACGCCCACUCACUAAAACUUGUGUAACGUUGAUGUUGGUGCUGACGAUGUUGGCGAGAUGCAUCUGGACGAAGCCAAAAACAACCAGAGAGCCGAGCGCUCUCGCUCAGUUUGUAAAAAGUUUGUGUAACAGAAAAGUUAUUUUAACAUUAUACUCAAAGACGCCCUUUUCUUCCAGCACUUAUCUGCCACCGUGCCUCUGCCCCAUUCAGACGUACAGCGAAGAGUAAUUUGUGAUCCAAGACGUUUCUUGUUUGUUUUAUAUGAAGCAUGUAAAGAAUUUCUGAUGUAUAAAUACAGGCCAGUGAUGAAGUGCUAAUCUGACCUGCCUCCAAAUGUGGGAAAAGUUGCAUAAACUACUCUUCAAUAAAAAAUGUCUAAUUGACCGAGCUCCAAACUCCUAUCAGUGUGAACUCUGCCCCCCCACAGGCUCCGUAGACUAAACUAUCAGAGGAAUUUGUGGGAUUUUAAGAAGCCAGAUCACAAUUUAACCCGAGAAUGACCUCGUUUGAUUUGGUUGAAAGUGUUUCUGUGGUCGACUUC